AGUGCGGGGCGGGAGCGGAGGGAGGAGAGGCUGGAGGGAACAGCUGUGCUGCACGGAGAGUCCGGGGCCACUUCUGGUGGGUGACGCGGGUGACGGGACGAGCUCUGCCAUGUUCCCGGGGCUCCAGGGAAGCCGCUCCUCACACUUGUGCAUCGGUACUCGAUGGAUCCCAAAGAUCUUUUAAAGCCACCCAAUGGAGCUCAGGCUGUGAAGAGCGCACAUUACAGUGACAAGACCGGGAACGUGAUUGACUUAUUUACAAACUACAGAGGUGGAGCCUGUGUGAACAUCUCCACAUCUUGUGCAAUUCCACCUGCUGCACUGCCAGACACAAGACAGCCACCGCCUCAGCAGCAGCAACUGGCUCCAACUGUGGACCCGGCCAAUGGUCUGGCCAAUGUCCCUCAGCCAGACCUUUCCAAGGCAGUCUCACUCUCAAUGGGACUCUACAUGGGGGAGCCAGACACAAAAGUAAUGGGCAACGAACUUGGUUAUACUCAGCAAGCUCCACUCGGAGUCCCUGCAGCAGAAACAGAUUUCAGACUUUUGGAAGAGAGCAUUGCCAGUCUUCAGGCAAAGCCACCUGCAACAGAAAGAGUGCCAGAAGGCCUUGGAGAUAAAGGAGGCAACAAAUGUGACAUGUCUACCCAAGCAAGUCCUUCUGCACAGGGUCAGGGGAGCAGCGUUGCCAAGUUGUAUUCCAAAGACCAAAGCACCUUUGACCUUUUACAAGAUCUAGACCUGCCCCCAGAUUCGCCCAGGGAUAGUAAGGGCAGUCCAUGGGCAUUGGACCCUAUCUUUGAAGAUGACGCAGCUGGCUUGCUUUCUCCUUUGACCACUGAUGAUGAAUUUCUUUUGAGGUCUGGUAUAGUAAAUGAGGACAGCAAACCUCUCCUUAUGCAGGAUUUUACACCCAAAGCAGGGGACUUACUACUGCCCAACCCUGAAAUCCAGUUGUCUCAAGUUAAGACUGAAAAAGAAGACUUUAUAGAGCUGUGUACCCCAGGGGUGAUAAAGCAGGAAAAGUUUAGCCCCGUUUAUUGUGGUGCCCAUUACUCUGGAUCUGGCCUAUUCGGUAACAAAACAUCAGCAAUUUCUGUACACGGCGUCAGCACAUCAGGGGGACAAAUGUACCACUAUGACUUGAACACUGCCUCCAUCUCUCAGAAACAGCAAGAUCAGAAGCCAGUUUUUGCUCUGGGCACACCUCUGUCCACCAUUUCAGAUUCGUGGAAUAGGUGCCAUGGGACUGGGGAUGACAGUACCCCAGGGAGUAUAAAUUAUCCCGGCCGGUCUGCCUUUUCAAACGGCUACCCGAGCCCUGGAAUGAGAUCUGAUGUGAGCCCUUCUCCGUCCAGCUCAUCUACUAGCACCGGGCCACCUCCAAAACUCUGUUUGGUGUGUUCAGAUGAAGCAUCUGGGUGUCAUUAUGGAGUAUUGACCUGUGGCAGCUGCAAAGUAUUCUUCAAAAGAGCAGUAGAAGGUCAGCACAAUUACCUUUGCGCUGGAAGAAAUGAUUGUAUCAUUGACAAAAUAAGGAGGAAAAACUGCCCAGCCUGCAGAUAUCGGAAGUGUCUCCAAGCUGGAAUGAAUCUAGAAGCACGCAAAACAAAGAAGAAAAUAAAAGGAAUCCAGCAGUCGAAUGUAACAGCAGUGCGCGAACUUCCUGAAAGUUCGAUGAACAAGACCAUUGUUCCAGCCUCUGUAGCACAACUUACACCCACCCUCAUCUCCUUACUGGAGGCUAUUGAGCCUGAGAUUUUGUAUUCAGGAUAUGACGGCACUGUACCUGAAACAGCAUGGAGACUUAUGUCGUCACUGAAUAUGCUAGGUGGUCGCCAAGUAGUAUCAGUUGUGAAAUGGGCAAAGGCUAUACCCGGUUUCAGAAAUCUGCACCUGGAUGACCAAAUGACCCUUCUACAGUACUCCUGGAUGUUUCUCAUGGUGUUUGCCCUCGGAUGGAGGUCUUACAAACAAUCCAAUGGGAAGGUGCUAUAUUUUGCACCAGAUCUUGUCAUUGAUGAGGAAAGGAUGCACUUACCCUACAUGCAAGAGCGAUUUCAAGACAUGUUCAGAAUUGUCAGUGAAAUGACUCGCCUACAGGUUUCAUAUGACGAAUAUCUGUGCAUGAAAACGUUGUUGCUUCUGUGUACUAUUCCUAAGGAUGGCCUGAAAAGCCAUGCACUAUUUGAGGAAAUCCGUAUGACCUAUAUUAAAGAACUUGGAAAAGCCAUAGUAAAGAGGGAAGGAAAUUCCAGUCAAAACUGGCAACGAUUUUACCAACUGACAAAGCUCAUGGAUACAAUGCAUGAGGUGGUUGAAAAUCUUCUAGCCUUUUGCUUCUAUUCUUUUACGGACAAAUCGCUGAGUGUUGAAUUUCCGGAGAUGUUGUCUGAAAUUAUCAGCAAUCAGAUACCAAAAUAUUCGUCUGGAAAUAUCCGAAAACUUUUAUUUCAUCAGAAGUGACUGCAUUACUAAAAUCUUAUAUAUAAAAUAUAUAUAUAAAUAUAUAAAUACAUAAACAUAAAAAGUUGCCUUAAGGAAAGAAUAAGUCAAAUUAUAGCUUUUACUGUAUUAAAAAAAAAAAAAAAAAAAAAAGAAAUCUGACGUGGUAAUUGUCCUUACAACGGUGUACCUAAUGUGAUUAUGCACUACAGUUCAUGUGGUUUACAGAGGGCCAAGAUUUGGACUAUGGAAAUGAGAAGAAUAAAAGAUCAUUAAACCAGAGGCUCCAUUCUGAACAUUCUGGUAAUAUCCUUAAAUUGGAUGGAAGUUGUGCUACAUUUUUAUCAUUGUUUUAUUCUCCUGUCAGGUGUUUUUGCUUGUUUUUUUUCCUUUCUCCCAUGGGGAAAAAUACGAAUUUGAUUUCUGCAUGUAACCUGCUGAAUGUUUACAAGUGAAUAUCAGAAAAGGGAAGUUGUGCCUUUUAAGCUACUGUUUGGAUCUAGCAUUUUCUCGGUUUUUACAGAUGAACUUUACAGAGUUUUUUUCUUACAUCAUCUUUUUCCUAUUCUUUCAAGAAUCCUGUUUUACAGAUGUGGUCCUUUUUUUAAGACUGGGGCAGCUCACAGCUUUCCUAACACAAAUAAAAUGUAACAGUCUCACACAGUCUGCCUUUUAUAACUAUUCUCACCAUGUUGGCCAUGAGCUACUCUCCCAAACUAAGGUCAGAGUUGUAUGGCCAAAUACAUUUAUUUUUUAUGAAGUUGAUGGUCUGAAUCACGUACCAUUCUUUUAUUUUUAUUUUUUUAAUUUUUUUUUUUACAAAUAGUGUACCAGUUGUUAGUUCCAACCAGGAGUGUUUCUCCUGGGAUCUGGUUCAUAUUCCCUACAACACUGUGUAGGUUCGAGCCUUGCAGUGGCAGGAACUGACUGCACGGUUGUUCUUAAGUGGAUUAGUUCCCAUCGAUCAUGUGCCAUAAUUGCUCAGAGAUGCAAUGGUAGAAGCUGCUGUAGCCAUUUCAAAGCUUGCCUAUAUGUAUGCGUGUAUUUGUAAAAAAAAAAAAAUACAAAAAAAUACAAAAAAAUAUACAAAAGAAAACAAAAAAAAAUUGCCAUUCACAAGAAUUUUUUUUAAUCAGAGAAAACUAUGAUUUACUUUAUCAGGGUCACUACAAAGCCACUUUACAGCAGGGUCAUAAAAAAAACAGUUUAAUGUGGUAAAAAAAUAAUCAUCAAGCUACAUUACUAUGUAUAAAUUGUUAACCUUAUAUUUAUACUUUUUACAGAUGUAUGCCAUAUUGGUAUAAUUGGAAAUGUAGACAGAAAAUGAAAGGGCUACUGCAGCUUGAAUAACUCUCUCGUCUAUCGCUAAAUGCUUUAUCUAAUGUACAGAAACAAGUCCCAUUGGGUUCAGGACAACUAGUUAAUUCCAGAUGGAAAGAGGCAUGGUGGUAAUUCAGAAUGCAGAAGGUGUAUGACAUUAACCAGCUUUGAUAGUGCUGAUGUUUUAUUGUGUGAUUUUUGCUUCUGAAAAAAAAAAAAACUGGAUAAGCACUUCGGUGAAUCAAGUCUUUUCUCUGCAUUUCUCUUUUGUACUACUUAAUAUAUGCUAUAAUCUGCAAUAGCGUUCAGGCCUUAUUGUAUUUAGGCCUAAAAUUUUAUAGGAUGAAUUUUUUGUCUCUAAUGUCAUCCUACAACAGCAUUGAAUGAUAUAACAAAUGUCUGCUCAAAUGUCAGUGACGAGAAUCCAUUAGUUUGUGCGUAACUAAAUCCUCACAUUUUACAACUUUUUAAAGAUUUAAUAAAUGGGAAAUUUUCAUAUUUGUUUUUAGAAACUUUUCAACUUUUUCAGGAUUCAGAGACAAAUCUGUGACUAUUAUUUUUGUCAAGGAGAAUAAAAAAUAGUACAAGCGCAAUCAAAUUCUGUGCUAUGAAGCUUUAGGAAAGCAAAUCAGUGUAAUUUCUCAGGAUUUCUCUGGCUUAGUCCCACCACCUCCCACUGCUCUACCUCCUAGGUCUAUAGUUGAAAUCUGCACCUAUAAAAGGAUCACCCUAUUUCCCAGUGAUAUCUGUGAAUCUUGUCCAUCAUUCCCCAGAAGACAGUAUUGAGAACACUUAUUCUCUUAUCUAAAAUGGCAGUGUUAAGAUGGAGAAUUGUGUUAAUAGGACACACACCCAACCCCUCACUGUACCAAAAGGUUUAUGUUGAAUGUCAGGCAGACACUUGUUGGCUAACUAUAGAGAUAGCGAUUCUCUUUCCUUGACAAAUUUAUCUAUAAUACCCCACCCCUGAUGGCUUAUUUGUAUGUGGUGUAAAUAGCCUAAUGUAUUGUGAUGUCCAUAUUCCUGUAGUGCAUAAUUUAGUUACCGUUAGUGUUGAAGUUUAUUUUCUCUUUCUCCUUAAACGUUUUUAUAUGUUUUGAAAUCUUCAAUGCCUUAAGAGUUUAGUGUCAAUUUAUCAGCUGUUUCCAGGGAAUAAGUCUCAAUCUAUUAGUUGCACCAGUGGCUGUUGGGGAGCAUUCACACUAAAGUUAUAGAAAUGAACUGCAACAAUAACGACAUGUGGAAAUACAGCCUUGGUCUUUUAAGAGCUAUGCUAUUACCUAAAACCGAUCGAUGUUGUGUCGUAAUUUAUAUCUACUGAACCUACCUAGCUAGCCAUUCUUUGCUUUCCAGAGGGCACUGUAUAAUACCAAAUCUUGCACAUGUAAGAUGUGCCUAGUUCAGGGUAAAUGUAUAUUGCUAGAGUGCUUUAAUUGAUAAUGUGACAAAGCCUAUUAUGUAGACAUAAUUCACAUAUUAUGUGACUGGAUAAUUUAUAAACCUAAUUUCCAUGUUGUAGGGUGUAAUAAACAGUGAUAUGCCUACCAAUAUAAAGAGAUGAGAGCUGCAUAGAUUUUAUGUACCCCUUAAGAAAGGCCUCAUACAAAGGGCAGAGCAGUUGCCUGUAGCAAAUAAUCUAAUUACCCUUUUCUUUUCUAACCUGUUCUGGAAGUACUAAAAGCCAUUUUUGCUCUGGGCAGUAACUCCAUCUUUUGUCUACAUUUUAUAUAUGAGGCCCCAUUAUAUACCAUGCCAUGUGGGCUUCUAAAUUGUCAUUUCAUUUGAAGAGCCCCUUGACAUUUUGUUACCAAAGUUUUAUGAUAUAAAAUAAAGUAAAUAAUACAUUAUGAAUCUCCUGCUGCUCUUGUGCGUCUGCUUCUUGGGUCCCCCACUGGUCUAUGUAUCCUAGCCUCCAUUGAUGAUGGUUUGUCUUAGACAUUGAUUGGCUGCAACAGUCACAUGCUCACUUUAAAACAUCAUCACUUGAGACUAGGAUACAGAAACUGGCAAUCGGCCCCAGCAAUUAACAUGGAAGCUGUGGAGGAUUAGUAAGAUUUAUUAAAAUAUUAUUAAAAUAAAUGCUCCGAUUUACUAAUCUUUAAAGAUAGUGUAAGCUUACACGUGCUGUCUAGACCAUGACAGGAUUAAUCACACGGGCUCAGGCUGGAUGAUAAAUCUGGUGCAGGAAUAGACUCUUUUCUCUGAUUCUAUACCAACUAUUAGCUGGCUUACUUUGAGACAGAUUUUUAAGCCAGAAUUAUGUCACAUCUUAGCUCCCUCUUUCCCUACGAAUCUCCAUCCACUUUCUCAUAAGUCCCCUCCCAUUUUCAUACAUGUUAGGAAAAUGUGUAGAAACCCUAGAUGCAACAUGAAUCUGCUUUGCAAAGGUUGAAAUCUGCCAUUAUAAACCACUGCAAAACCGCAACAUAAUAGGCAUGCCUUCUAAUCUGAAGCAAAAUGUAUUUUAAAAAAAUUGCUACAUGAAAAUAGGGCUGUGAAGACAUAAUUUAUAAAUAAGCCACAUAUAAUUAUAUGGUGUUGCCUUUGCAUCAGAUUCAGAGUUACAGAGGGAGGUUAAAGAACCUAAAAGAAAGAGGCCAAGUCAAUGAAAUGAAGGUCUGAGGUCCAGUUCACAAUUCAGUGGUUUGGUCGGUGAGUUCCAUCUCUGAAUGUGAAAACUCGAAGACCAAAUUACUGGAGUGUGAACUAGGCCGGAGUCUGUAGUUUGAUAGGUUCUUUAAUCUUGUGAAAUAACCUCUCAUCACACCUCUCUGGACAGCUGUAGUAGAUAAUCUCAACAUUUAUAGAUCACUUAUUCUCCAUCUCCAUUCUUUAAAGGGGCUGUAUGAUGUUAGAUGUAUUAUUUUGGUGUAAAUGGCACUGCAGCUCAGACACAUUCACUUGAAUGCACCUGACCUGCAAUACCAGACAUAGUACAGGGACAAGAGUAGUGAUGUGUCUCUGGAAGGAACCAGAGAUGUUUUUUUUUUUUUUUUUUUCCAUAAAUUCAUUUGUAGUUGUGUAUGUAUAUAAAGUUUGUCACAUUACCUCUGUAGCUGUGAAACGUUGGGGAGGGAGUGUAAAAUUGCUUUAGUGUAAGAUCUCUACUGCUUAUGGGCUGACAAAUCUGUCAAGAAUUGACAAUUAAUUAAUAGUAGUUGCACUUAUUGACUCUCAGUUCUGUGCCCUUCUUGCUAACAGCAGUAGUGGCCAGCUCAUUGACUAGCAUAACAUUGGGCAGCGCUUUCACCAAUUGAUCUGUACUGGUUUAGAAAAGAAAGCAGUUUGGUCACUACUGAAAUGCCGCUCUUCCCUGAAAUAGAUGUUUAGUGAAAAAGUCCCUAAAAAUGGGGAAAAAUUGGCCACAGUGUGGUGAUGUAUGACAUUGAAAUGAAAAUAUUAUGGUCCAGUGUAAUCUGUAGAAGAUAACUUUUUAUUUUCUUAGAACUAAACAUGCCAAUAGUGCAAUAGGCCUGAAAGUCCAAAUAAGAUUGAAAAAAAGUCUAUAGAAAUUUGAGAUUAUUUUUUUUUCCUAAUGAUGUAAUCAGUCUAAUUUUUUGUGCACAAAGAAACUCCCAAAACAAUGAUUUUGAUUUACAAAGAUAAAUAAGCUGGAACUCUAGAAAAAAGGGUAUGCCUUAAAAUGUGCCAACUUGCAACUAAACUUUGGCACAAAAUAUUGAUUUAAAGUAAGCCAAUGAAAAAGUUGUGUAAGUCAGAGAAAGUGUCUAAAUGUUUAGCAAAGUGCACCAAAUCUCUCUCACUGUGUAAAUCGAAGGGAUACAUUUUGCACAGUUAGCUCAAGUUUUAAGCUCUCCAAAUUUAUAGUGAAAUGAAUUCUCCCCAUUUUAAUAAUGUACGUAUUUCCCCUUGAUAAUUGACUGUUGUAACACUAUGAAAACCAAAAGCUAAGUGAUUGUUGGCAUAAGACAUUGAAUGACCUGUUUUUCUGGUAAAAUAGUAUUGUACCCAAAUACCAUAUGGAGUCCUGAGAAUGUUAGAUAUUGUCCCCUGUGGACUGCAGAAGGGACUUAAGUAAUGAUCAACCCAGAUGACAUUUCUUAUGAGCACUUAUCGGGCCCAUGGACGGUGGAGUGUAAGCGGACAUUAGGUACCAUAGUUAACUUAGUCGUAGUUUGCAUCUGCUGAUAUUCAUUGGUCGUUUUAUGAGAUAGAUUCCAAUUUCCAAGUUUGGUGUAAGCGAGUAGGGAUUUAUAAGUGUGUGAACACAGUGAUUAGCAUACUGUAAAGAUUAGUUCAGUGCAUGUGUUUGCUUGAAGUAUGCUAUAAAAACUAAGCAAACCUUUUGACAUAAUAUUUCUAAAAAUGUCAUAGUAAUAUCAGAAAGGAGCUGAAGUGAAUGCUCCUGAGGAGAUUUUCUCCCCCACAAUGCAGAAUUCACGUCAGUGAUCUUGUUGUCCAUAUCAAAGACAGAACCCAACAAUGGACUAUUUAAGUAUGUUAAUUCUAAGUACCGUAUGUGAGAAAUUAUAUAUUGCUGACCAUUGUUAGCAACUCUGAGACAGCUAGUCUGUCUCGUAGUCUGUAGUGUGUGAAAAGGACAGCACUUAACUAUGCCUUAGGUAGCCAGGGGUACAUGGUAAUGGCCCUCCUUUGUGGUAACAUUCAGCAACAGCUAUAUUUGAAUGCUUGCUUGAUGCAAUAUUUAUAUGUGGGAAGGCAGGGAGUGUACUAUAUUGUGUGAUAAACUAAAACCACGUUCACAGUUGCUGCACAUGCUUUUUCCACAUGGGAGCAGACUCCAAAGAAAGAAGAAAGCAAAUUCAAAAAUAGACAGGAACUUUCCCAAAUAUCAGUAACUCUCAGUAUUUCAUGUAUAGGAAUAUUUUCCGUGAUCAACUAAAUUGAGUAGAUUUAUGUUGCUUGCUUCAGUUGUCUUCAUAAAAUGUUCUAACAGAGGUUUGUAGGUUGAUCUUCUGAACAGAGGUUACCCUCUUUUACCUGUCUAGUAAUAAAGGAAACUGAGCCUUUUGGCAAUAGAAGUGGCAAAGGGCUGAUGCAUUUGCUCCUUGCAGCUUUGUACAUGGUUUCAUUAUAACUGUCUCAUCCUACUGUAUAUAAAAUCAAAUUCCCAUAAUUGACAAGCCAUAGUCCUAACAUAAGGGGCACAUGCUUCUAUUUACUUGUAAUAUUAUACAGUUACUUAAGCUACCGAUAACAUACCUAUAAUUUAUGUAAUGACCAUGUAUUAUCUUUCUCUACCUGGCAUACUACUGAUGAGUACAGGUAUAUUUGAAUAAACUCUAAAAAGCUGCCCACUUACAUUGUACAAUUGUCUGUUUGCCUUAUCCAUAUGGAUGUGCCAAUUAGUAUACGAGGAGUAGGGGGUCUGGGUGUAGACGAGCUUGCACACUUGAGUAAGCUAAAGAAAGCACUUUUGUAUGGUUCUAGUGUUAUUCAUUACUUGUUUUGGUGGGAUAUUAGAAUUGUUCCAUGCAAGUAUCCUUUUGUAAGCCAUGCAGAGAACAUAUAUAUAUAUAUUUUUUUUUUUAUGUAGAUGUCACCAUUGUCAAGCUUUAACAUUCAUUAUUAAAUUAUUGAUACAACAUCUGAUCGUACAAGCAGCACUGUGUUACUCUUGUGUCCUUUCUUCUGUCCGUAUGCCUGUGCUGAUUACUUUGCUACAUGUUAUAGCCAAUAUAUAUGUAUAUAUAUAUAUAUAUAUAUAUUAUAAAAAAUGUUUCUUUAUUUCAACAGAUGCCAAUGUUGUUUUAACCCUUUUUCUCUAGAAUAAUCCAUAUGAAAAGAUUGGAGCUAUGUCAAUAUUUUAUUUUGUAUAAAGUAUAAGAAAUACAUUAUAAUGGGGAGAGAUUGGAUUCUAUAAUGGUGUAAGGCCUUAUUAGAAAUUAAUAGAAAGAUGCAUAUAUAUAUUUUUUUUUACAUUAUAUUAAUUGUAAACCCUGUAUAAAAUUAAAACAGUAACUUCUGUUAAAAUGUAGUUUUUUUUUUAUACAUGCUGAAUGAAAUUCACUUGUAAUAAUGUCUUUUCCCUUUAUUUUGUGAAAUGUUGGACUAUUAUGUCUGUGUGUGGAACAGAUUUGCAUUUAUUUUCUCUUAAUUUGCUGUUUGCGUAAAACCAAGUCCCAUUUGUACAGUGUUGCAGUAUAUGUGAGACAUACGCUGCAGCUCUCAAUAAAAGAAACAUUGAAGUCACAUAAUAAAAACAUGCUUUUUCAUUAACCAA